AUGUCUGCCACGACCAGCACGCUACAUCAACACCUGGACCUUCGUCCGGAAAAUUGGGAAAACUUGGCCUUACAAGACAUCUGGAGCUCCUGUAAGGACCUACUACACUCACGGGGCUAUAUCCUUGCUAGUAGCGAAGAGUAUGAAACGGUUGGCGAGGGACUGCCAUUGCCGAAUGUCGCUCGCAAUCCUUUCAAACCCACUCGCAACGAGAACUUUAUUCACGUUAUGAUGCCUGAGGCCGACGUAGUUCGGGGCCGGCAUCCAUCCCCGCUCCAAACUUGCGUUGAAGUUCUCCUUGGCCUGGACUCGAGUUUGAGAACAGUGGUCUUCAAAGCGAUUGGCAACGACAGUGCUGAACUGGCUGCUCUGAAAGAUUGCUCCAGCCCCAGCGCUCGGGAGGAUACUAGUAACCACACCAUUCCAGUGCUUGACUGGGUAGAGACACCGCAUGGAUUUGUCAUAGCCGUCAUGCCUGCAUGGGGCCAGUUCUGGAACGAUCCUCCUUGCGGAUCUAUGGGAACAAGGAUAGAAAUGGCAGUAAAACUUGUUGAAGGGUUGCAGUUUUUUCACAAGAGAGGCAUUGCACAUGGGGAUAUUCAACGUCAAAAUAUUGUAAUCAAUUAUUUUGACUGGCGAACGCAGCCACCAUACAAAUGCACAGACGACUUCCGGCUCACGUGCAAGGUCGAGUAUGCGUACAUCGACUUCGGCAGUGCGCACAUCUUGUCGCUGGCCAACCCUUGGGGUAUUCCUACAACACAUCCGACCACGGAGCCAGCGCCAGAACAAGUCCCCGCCAUGGAGGCUGAGACAGAGAUAGACCUGUUCGCUGCCGACGUUUUCAAUCUAGGAAAGGUUUUGCAGAUUGAGCUCGACGCGGCAUUGAGAAUGUACGGACAGAACCAUCUGGUAUCACUGGAAGAAUACCAGUCGAUUCUGGCGCAAAUGACGCAAGUCGAUCCACUCAAACGGCCAACUAUCGACCAAGCGCUGGCGGUGCUUACUCAGUGCAUCUUAAAAAUGGGGUAG